CUGAACUGCACAUCACUCAACCCAAGACUUUCUCCUCUGUGCCAGCGUUAACCAUGCCACCCAAAAAGCCAGAGCCCAAGAAGGAAGAACCCAAGCCCGUACCCAAGCCCCCGGAGCCGGAACCCCCCAAGGAGCCUUUGUUUGACCCCUCCACUGUCACAAUUGAAUUCUCUGCAGAUCAAAUCGAAGAAUUUAAGGAAGCCUUUUCCCUCUUUGAUCGGACCCCUAAAUGUGAGCAAAAAAUCACCUAUGGACAGUGCGGAGACGUCCUGCGAGCUUUGGGACAGAAUCCAACCAAUGCAGAAGUUUUAAAAGUCCUCGGCAAGCCAAAAGCUGAAGAAUUAAGCCUUAAGCUGAUGGAUUUCGAUACCUUCCUCCCGAUGCUCCAACACAUUUCCAAGUCAAAGGAGAAGGGAACAUAUGAAGACUUUGUUGAAGGGCUGCGAGUGUUUGAUAAAGAAGGAAAUGGUACCGUUAUGGGAGCUGAAAUCCGUCACGUCUUGGCUACUCUGGGAGAAAGAAUGACAGAAGAAGAGGUAGACAGGUUACUGCAAGGGCAGGAAGACCCCAACGGUCAUAUCAACUACGAAGCCUUUGCAAAGUACAUCUUGGCAAACUGAACACAAGUCAUAACAAUGGCCGACGCGCUUAUGGUUGCACAGAAACACCAUUCAGGAACAUCGGAUCCGAAGGUUGUUCAGCUCUGCGUCCAACGAACCAAUAAAGUUCUUGACUUGCUCUUCCAUAUGAAAUGUUCUUGUUAACAAUAAAAAAGCUUGGACACGGUUCUCAUACACCCAG